GCCGAGUCCCAAAAAGAGCUCGACGACCCGCACGUGAUAAUCCUGAGCUUCCCGAGGUACUGCCGGUACCGAGCCAUGAUGAAACGUCUCGAAGGCGUCGAAGACGGCUACCUCAAGCUGAAGUUGGUCAACGCGCUUGGCGGUUUCUACGUCACGCAUCCCAACACCAGGGUGCUUUUCUGCAAGGACACGUUCGAUUAUCCCGAGUUGGAGGGGCACGAGAUGCUUUGCAACCAUUUGGCCCCGAAGCUGAAGGGCAGACCUAGGGGCAGGCGGAAAAAGAGGAGCGCCUCGCCUGGCUCGGAAAGCAAUGAAUCGGAAUCCUCGGUUCCAAACGGGUACAAUGCUAGGGGUGAAUCUCGACCGGAAAUUCGUUGCGAUUCCGGUGCACCGACACGAAGAAGCACCAGAUGCCACGAAAAUAACGAAAACAAAGAAUUCAUCCGGAAACUGACCGCAUUUAUGAAGUCCAACCGCACACCAAUCGGCCGAACUCCGUCCCUAGGAUACAAAGAACUGAACCUCCAUGAAUUUUUCUCAAAAGUACAAAAACUGGGCGGAUAUGAUAACGUCACUGCCAACCGCUUGUGGAAGUCGAUUUUCGAAGAUAUAAGCGGUUACCAAAACAAUAUAAGCGCUACGGUAAUCCGUCGACAUUACGAAAGAUUCCUGCUUUCGUACGAGCGCCAUCUCAAAGGCGAACAAUACAAGCCGCUUCCCGUAUCAGAAAGGCGUAGACUGAAAAGCAAAAGGGGAAGCAGUCUUAGCGAUGCCGAAUCCAGUGGCGGCGAUACAAAUUCUUCGGCCGCCACUACUGUUUCUACUUCGACUGUCGCGGAAACUAAGGUAGCGAGAUAUUUAUUUUAUUGCAUUUAUUCCUCGUUUUCGUAUUGUUCGAUUUUACUUCCCACGCUUGAUGGCGGAAGGUAUUGUAAUAGCGAGAAAUUUCGAAAAUGAGAUAUUAUGUUUUUU